AUGGAAACAGUUAUCAAUGAAACGCAAACUCGCCUCGACCUCUCCGACCUCGUCAUUUGGCGCAACUUUGGCCUCAACAUCUCCGCUCACGGCCAUCUUUUGCCUCCAUCUGUCUCCUCUACAAUCGUGAACACUCCCAUUUCCUCCUCUCCGAAUCCUCAUACUUCCGUCCCAACACACUGCACCUGGCUCGAGGAAGAUACCCUCAGCAACGGCUUGAUUUGGAUAAUGGGCAAAAUUAUCAACUUCAUCACGAGCGGUGACGGAAUCUACCCGGGAGACUAUGAAAGCCCUCCAGGCCAGCGUCCAUGUUUUGGCACUACACAAGAGGACCUCCUGGAACGAUGGAAGCGACUAGAGUUUGAGCUGAGUGCCUGGUAUGAUACCUUACCGGAUUCUUUCACCCCGUGUGGUCGUACACAACUAUGUCUAUCCAAUCUUGAGCCGACACACCACAGAGGCAACCCCACCCCUACAGGAAACGUCGGAGAUGUAGGUACAAUCGACGCAAUCAUCUUCACUAUCCCCAUGUGUGCCGUCACCAUCCAGACCUACCACAUGGGCCGCGUUCUACUUUUGAGCAACAUGCCACAGGAAUCCACUGCUAUUCGGUCAACUGUCACGGCGCGACUGCGUCAUUAUCGCCAGAUCGCCGGGUUGGUGGUGUAUCAUGCGCGUGAGAUCUGUGGGAUUAGUUUAGCUGGCUUACCGGAUGCGAUACUUUCGCAUACCAUGCAGCCAUUGUUCGUGGCCGGACAGUGCUUCGAGAAAGACGAGGAGAGGCGGUUAGUAGUCGAUCUGCUGCGACGUGUGGAGAAUGAUACAGGAUGGGCCACAGAGUAUCGGGUGAAGGAGUUGCAGAAGCAAUGGGCGGAUGGGGGUUUGCGGAUGGACACCGGCAUCAUCGGCUCCGUGGUAGUGAUGGACCAAUUCAAGCAGAAAUUCGGCUCCUUCUCAUCCAUCGUCCAUGGUCUAGUAGUCUCGUCCAUCCUGAUCCCUGCGGCCUUUUCGUCGUUCUUCGGGGGGAAACUAGCCGACUGGAUCGGACGACCUAGGAGCAUCGCAAUCGGUGCCCUUAUUUUCGGUAUCGGAUGUGCCUUUGAAGCUGGUGCAGUGCAUCUGGCCAUGUUCAUCGUUGGCCGUGUUGUCGAGGGUCUUGGCGAGGGUCUAUACCUCGGGACCCUGGUAGUAUACAUCUGCGAAAUCUCUCCACCAAGCCAACGAGGCCCGCUCACCACAGGCCCUCAACUCCUCGUCACAAUGGGCCUCGUAGUCGGCUUCUUCACCUGCUACGGCUGCGAGAAAAUGCCUUCAUCUAUGGCGUGGCGAACGCCAUUCACCGUCCUGGCCUGCAUUUCCAUAGUCUUCAGUCUCGCUGCGUUCUUAUGGCUAAUUGAUUCCCCACGAUGGCUCACACUCCAUAAUCGCGUCGACGACGCCACUCGCGCUUGGGAAUAUCUGCAAGUAAGUGAGGCCGAUCGCGGGGAACUCCUCGAAGAGGAAGAGGAAGUCGAUGUUAAUGAAGAGGCCUUGACGCAUCCGCUCGCCCCGACGGGGAGUGUCCUUGCGCCGAAUACCCUCGAUCAGGUGGUUUCGCGCCAUAGUCGCGUAUCUACCCGCCGGACGAAGGGUAAGGGGAUGGAAGAAGCCUCGCUGUUCGAUGCAUUCAAGCCCGAUGUGCGCAGUCGCACGCUCCUUGGCUUGUUUCUCAUGGGUAUGCAGCAGAUGGCUGGGAUUGACGGAGUUUUAUACUAUGCCCCCAUGCUCUUCGAACAAGCCGGCAUGACCUCCUCCCAAGCCAGCUUCCUAGCCUCCGGCGUCUCCGGCCUAGUCAUCUUCGUCGUGACAAUCCCAGGCCUCAUUUACGCCGAUUCUUGGAGCCGGCGCGCCAACGUCAUCCUCGGCGGUCUGGGACUCACCAUCACCAUGUUCGUGAUCGGUUCAUUGUACGCCGCCGAUGCAGUGCACCAUUCGACCGGCGCAGGUCGCUGGGUCGUGAUCGUCGCGAUUUAUCUUUUCGCUGCUAUUUAUAGUGUUUCGUGGGGCGUGAGUUGCAAGGUCUACGCGGCGGAGAUCCAGCCUCAGCGGACGAGAGCGAGCGCGACGUGUCUGGCGCAUGGGAGUAACUGGGUGUCGAAUUUCUUUGUUGCGCUGAUUACGCCGGUCUUGUUGGCGAAGAGUAGUUGUGCAGCGUACUUUUUAUUUGGGGGUUGUACGGCGCUGACGAUUGUUGUUUGUGGGUUUUAUAUGCCCGAGACGAAGGGACGGUCGUUGGAGGAGGUGGAGAGGUGCUUUGUUAGAGGAAAGGAGGAUUCAUAG